GAACCUGCCUUCACGGUGUGAUCUGUCUCUGUCCUCGCUGUUAUCAACUUUCAAAACAUAUAAAUCACGCUCCCUCUCUCUCUGUCUCUCCCUCUCUGCACAACCCAUGAGACCUGGUUUUUGUAAUAGAAACCAGGUCUUAACCUUAACCAGCUCCUGAUUUUAUAUAUAUAUUUUUUAUUUUUCACAAUUGUUUUUUGGUUUUUUGUAGUUUUUCAGUUUCGUUUCGACAAUGAACGACCUCUUAACGGACUCAUUCGAGAUCCCUCGGGGUCAAGCUUCUAGAGGUGGAGAUAUAGAACUAGGAGCAAAUGCUCCAAUUAAUUCAGAACUGGGCUUGGAGAAUUUCUUCAAACAGGUUACAGAAAUUGAGAAACAAUAUGGGAAACUGGACAAUUUACUCAAAAAGCUACAGGAUACAAACCAAGAGUCCAAGGCUGUGACUAAGGUUCCUGCAAUGAAAGCAAUCAAGCAGCGAAUGGAGAAAGAUAUUGAUGAAGUUGGAAAAGUUUCUCGUUACCUAAAAUCAAAAAUUGAAGAACUUGACAAAGAGAAUUUAGCGAAUAGGAAGAAGCCUGGCUGUGGAAAAGGAACAGCUGUGGACCGCACAAGAAUGGCAACAACUAUUUCCUUGAAAAAGAAGUUGAAGGACAAGAUGGCUGAAUUUCAGACUCUACGGGAAACAAUCCAUCAAGAAUAUCGAGAGGUCAUUGAGAGGCGUGUCUUUACAGUAACGGGCACAAGAGCUGAUGAAGAGACAGUUGAGAGAUUGAUUGAGACUGGAGAUAGUGAACAAAUUUUCCAGAAGGCAAUUCAGGAACAAGGGAGAGGCCAGAUAAUGGCCACUGUAGCAGAAAUUCAUGAGCGCCAUGAUGCAGUUAGAGAAGUGGAGAGGAAGCUUCUUGAUUUACAACAGAUAUUCCUGGAUAUGGCGGUGUUGGUGGAUUCACAGGGGGACAUGCUUGACAACAUAGAAGUGCAUGUGUCAAGUGCAGUAGAUCAUGUGCAACAAGGAAAUACUGCCCUCCAGAAGGCGAAGAAACUACAGAAGAACUCUAGGAAAUGGAUGUGCUUUGCAAUUAUCAUCCUUCUUGUCGUCGCUGCAGUCAUUGUUGUGGGUGUGUUCAAGCCAUGGAAGAGCAAUAAGGGUACUUAGCCGCUCAUCGGUCCAAUAAAUGUAGAAAUGUACGAGCAUCACACCGUUGAUAUAUUUUAGACUCGACCAUGAAAUUUCUUUAUCUGUUGUCUACGCUUCAUACCCGGCCUCUUGCCGUCAGUCUAUUUUAUGAUUGGUUGAGUAUUUUUAAUUGAAAUAUGUAUAUCACUGUAUCCUAUAUAUAUAUAUAUAUAAACUCGUUUUCUUA